UGGUCAGCGAGGAGCUUAAAGGGCCGUGCAAGACCUGCGCUUGGGAGCGCAUGAGAGAGCGUAAAUUAGAAAUGCAGCGCAGGAGGAAGGAAAGAGAGGCGACAGGGACACAGGUCAGCCAAGAACCAAACAGGCUAGUAGGCAUGACGGAGAUUGGUGAGCUUCUCCUCUCCUUGCUUCCAGACAUGAGGAAGCAGGCUUUUUGUCAGUUUAUACUAGAUGCUUCCAAAGAACUCAGAGUGCCAAAAAUACUGAGAAAUAAUGCUAAGUCUACAAUCUUACCUGCCCUUGAUACAGGGAAGGUAAAGAAGGAGGAAAUAGAACAGAUCUCUGCAUUUCUGCCGUCCAAGGCUCUGACCAACCAUCCUGCCAGGCUUCUGAGUAUCCUGAACGCCAUGGAGGACAUCCGUCUGGAUGUGGGAGUCCUGGGCACCACCGGCUGUGGAAGCUCCAGCUUCAUCAAUGCCCUUCUAGGGCUGAAGAGCGGAGAUGAAGGAGCAGCACCAACAGGUGUCACUGAAACCACCCUCGAGCCUGUGGCAUACCAAUACCCACAAUUCCCCAACGUGGUCCUCUGGGACCUCCCAGGGAUGGGCAGGGUUGGUGGGUUCAACUCCCCCUUUCAUCUGAAGCCCAGUGAGGCUGAUCCCCUGACCACUGCGCUGCGUCCCUCCUGUGAUGUCUACGUCCUUCUGUCUCCUGUCCGACUCAGCAUGGACUGUGUGAGCUUGCUGCACCAUAUCUCAGCCACAGGAACACAGUGCUACCUGGUCCUGUCCAAGGCUGAUCAGGUUGAUGAGGAGAGAGUUAGUGAAGUAAAGAGGUGGAGUGAAGAGGUUUUGUCAAAGUUGGGUUACCAGCUGAUGGUUUAUGCCGUCUGUGCACUGCAGCCAGAGAGGAUGGACUUUUGUAAACUGACAGAGACACUACAUCUCUCCAUAUCCUGUCACAAGAGGAAGGCCAUGGCCCAGCAUGUUGCACAAUUAUUAGAGAAGGAAAUCUUUAACAAGAAAACAGAGCUCUGUAAAACAAUGUAAUAAUUUAUAAUUAUUCCCAAUUGCAAUGUCAUGUAUAAGUCAAGUUUCACCAAAUUUUAUUUAAAGAAAUGUUUUGUUACAUUUCAAUAUGGAAAUCUUUCAAGCAUCUUCCAAGCGGUUCAUUUUAUUGUUUCAGUUGUGCUACAUUAAUGUUCUAAAUAAAUCCUUUUGAUAACCUGAUGACAAGUAGCCUACUUAACACACUGCCUGAAAUGCUCUCUGCCUCUGCUGAUUUAGAACACUGCCCAAGUAAACACAAUGUCCUUGUGUCCACAUCUCAGGAGAACCACACCCUAAAAAAGAAAAAGCCCU